AUGCUGGGCAAUUCCACUAUCCCCAGCUUCUCAUCCUUUUUCUUGGUUGGUAUUCCUGGUCUAGAAGUCUUCCACUGUUGGUUGAGCAUUCCUGUUUGUUUUCUAUAUGCCUUGACCCUGAUAGGGAAUGGCUUCAUUAUCCUUGUGAUAAAAGAAGAAUCCAGCCUUCAUCAGCCCAUGUUCUUUUUCCUUUGCAUGCUGGCCUUUGAUGAUAUAGCCAUUGCCUCAACCACAGCCCCCAGGAUGCUUGACAUCUUUUGGCUGGAUGCUCAUGUCAUUGGAUUUGAUGUCUGCCUGGCGCAAAUGUACUUAGUCCACACCUUUUCCAUCAUUGAAUCAGCUCUUUUGGUAGCCAUGGCCUUUGACCGCUAUGUUGCCAUCUGCCAUCCACUUCAUUAUACUACCAUUCUGACCACUCCUUUGGUCAUCAAGCUAGGGGUGAUUAGUGUGGCCCGAGGUGCCAUUAUGGUUUUGCCCUGCCCAUUGCUCAUCAAGCAGCUGAGGUAUUGUACCCAGAAUGUUAUCCGGCAUGCCUACUGUGAACACAUGGCUGUGGUGAAGCUUGCCUGUAGCGACACCUAUAUAAAUCGUAGCUAUGGUAUCUUUGUGGCCCUCUCAGUCAUACUUCUGGACAUUGGACUUAUUUCUUUGUCCUAUGUCAAGAUACUUCAGGCUGUCUUCCGACUUUCCUCCAAGGAUGCCCGCUCUAAGGCACUAGGCACUUGCGCUGCUCAUAUCUGUACUAUCCUCAUCAUCUAUAUACCUUCAUUGUUUAGUUUCCUCACCCAUCGCAUUGGUAAGAGGGUUCCCCCAUCCGUUCACAUCAUCUUUGCCACCAUAUAUCUCCUGGUGCCACCUGCAGUCAAUCCACUGGUCUAUGGUGUAAAGACCAAGCAGAUUCGUGAACUAGUGGUCAUCCUCUUCUUCAGGAGAAAGGAUAAAGUCUCCAAGCACUAG